CUUUUGUUAUAUUAUUUAGAAAUUCUUAAAAUUGUACUAAAAUAAUCCUAACGCGGGCUGGGGAUGUGGCAAGAUCUGGCAGGCAUCGUCACUUAAAUCGAUAGACUCCCACGCAGAUUAGAGAAACAAAUGAAAUCUCAGUCACUUAAAUGAAAUUUAAGUGAGUGAGACAAUAUAAAAAAAAGGUUCUAUCCCUCACUUUUGUGAUUAACCCAGAUAACACACCACAAUGUAUCCUUGCCAUCUUGCCGUCUCUAUGCCGUUCCAUCCCUUGUCUAUGCUUUCUGCCCCCUGGUUGUUUGCCCAUCACCUGUUACAAUGCCCGGAGACCUGUGUAUAGUGAACUGUGGCCUUCCCCCCUCCAGAUGAUGAAAAGCUCAGCGAUCCUGAGUCUGUACAUUGUUAACGUCACAAUGAGGCACUCGGGGGCCUGUUUGAGGCAUGGGAAUCAGAAGAAUGGUCUUCAUUAGUGACUGGUUUUCAGCUUUGGAUGAAGGGCAAAUUGCCAACAGACAACUCUUUUCAAAGUACCAAUAUUUAUUAUAAGUAAAUUAUAAGUAAAAUGGAAGGUAAAUGGAAGUAGCUUGAAUAAGUUUCCACCCCAAUUACAUUAUUUAUAUUUAUAUGCCAUUUGCACAUUUACACAAAAAAAACGUUCCCGCCAAUAACUUCAAUUUCAAUUAGAAUUUGAGCAAGACCAGAAAUGAGAAAUAGAGAGCAACUGAGAGACCCCCAGUUGUAGCAGUAGUAGUAGUAGUAGCCUUAUAGUACUAAUAGUAGCAGUAAUAGUAAUAGCAGUGUUAUAUUUCUAAAUGGCCUUUGCUUGGAGGGCAGACCCUCCCCUUUUGUGGACAUGUGAGACAUGUCUGGUGUUAACCCAGUAGAUUAGUGUGUUAAUCUAUGUUACAGGAUUAGGAAGAGCUACUCUGUCUAGGAGUGGCUUCCUCUAGCGUUAUGUUUUUCCUGUAUCUUCCAGUUUGAGUGCUUCUGUACAUCUACAGUUCCAUUCCAUCGGACCAAUGGCUCCGCCCAGACGCCCGGGCACCUGGGUGCUGUCGGAGUCGCUGUGCCAGAGGAAGCUGCUGCUGCUGGCGGCUCUGGUGGCCUGGCUGGUCCUCUUCCACCUGCUGGUCAACGUCUGGCUGCUCUGCGUCUUCACCAGCCUGCUGGUGGUCCUGGGGGGCUGGCUGGGAUCCCGGGCUGCCCUUGACGCCAACAGCCUCCUGCACCUGGAGCACUUCCUGCCCCUGGGCAAGUCCCAGCCGCCGCCGCUGCCCUCGGCGGAGGACGAGCACCGGCUCGACCACGAGAUCCACGGCGCCGUGCACAAGGCGGUGCGGGACUUUGUGUCGUCCUGGUACCGCACCCUGCUGCCCGACUCACUGGACGGGGAGUUUGAGCGGCAGGUGCGCGCCACCAUGCUGGAGUCGGUGACGGAGCUGAAGGAGCGCGCCCGGCGGCUGGACCGCAAGGCGCUGGUGCAGAGGCUGCUGGAGCUGUGCGGCGGCCACCUGCAGAGCUACAUGGCGGCCAGGAAGACGCAGGCGGAGGCAGGGGAGGGAGCCGGGGAGCCGGGGAGCCUGUGGCGGCUGUACAGCCAGGCCAACCGCGCGCCUCACCCCAGCCUGCGGAGCGCGGCGGCCGAGGCCAGCUACUCGCGCGCGCUGGUCAACGUGGCGCUGCACGUGCUGGUGCCCUACCCCCACAUGGAGUCCCCCACGGGGGGGUACAUGGUGUCGGAGCUCAUCACCUGCAACGUGCUGCUGUCGGUCAUCGGCCGCAUGUCCGACCCCGACUGGCUCUACCAGACCAUCGUGGACGUCUUCACCAAGUCCAGGGAGCCCCAGCCGGACGGCGAGGCGGUGGACGGUCUCUACAGGAGGCCGGGGCAGCACGAGUCCUGGGCCACCUGCUGCUCGCUCUCCUCCGACCGAAGCGGCCCCUCCUUCAGCCUCUCCGACACGGAUGACCCCGAGGCCUCCGACAGCCCUGCCCGCCGCCGCCGAGAUCUGUCGCCGGGCAGCGCUGUCAGCCUGACGAGCGCCGAGAACGCGGAGGUCUGCCGCGUGGGUCUCUCACCCUCGCGCGCCAAUCGCCUCUACGCCGAGUCCGACCGAUCGUCAGAGUCCAAAGUGUUUUCGGCGGAGUGGCUGACGCAGAGCGAGUCAGAGGACGAGGAGGAGGGAUUCUGCGACUGCGCUCCUCCCACCAAUUUCUGCAAUGCGAUGGCCCUCAAGGACGAGGAGGCCCCCGGCUGCUUCCCGCCCCUGCGGAGCCUGGGGCCCAAGCCGAUGGGGGUGUCGGAGGUCUCUCAUUGGCCAGCGGGGAUUGGUCAAGAACCACCUCCCGUCUCUCCCUCGAGAGGAUUGGGUCUGCCCCUGAUCCACCACACCUUUGAGGUGCCCAACCGCAGCAACGUAACACACAUUAGCAUACAGAAUGUACAAAUCACCGGCACCAGCACAGCCAAAGAGCAACGAGGCAACAGCAGCCACCCCUACACGCUCUACAUCGUGAAGUACGAGGCCGUGGUGGACUCUGAGUGCCAGAGUCUUUUGCAGCCCGCGACCCCGCACACCACCUCACACACGGUCAACCGCCGUUACAGCGAGUUCCUCAACUUACAAACCCGUCUGGAAGAGAGGCCGGAACUCAAGAAGUUCAUCAAAAAUAUCAAAGGCCCUAAGAAACUGUUCCCGGACCUCCCGUUCGGCAACGCUGACCUCGACAAGGCAGAGAGUCGCAAAGGCCAGCUGGAUACAUUCCUCAAACAACUCUGCAGCAUCCCUGAGACGGCCAACAGCGAGGACAUGCGGGAGUUCUUGGCUCUCCACACAGACUGUGGUGGGUCCUUUGACAAAAGACCCUUGGCUAAAUCCAGAAUCGAUAAGAUGGUGGUGAACGCUCUGGACACGCUGAAGACGGCGUUCCCCCGCUGCGAGCCCCCCAGCCCCACCGAGGACCUGGAGGGGGACGCGGACGGAAGGACGGUGGACAACAGAAAAUACAGUUUACAGAGGUUGCGCUUCCCCAGUAAAAUCUCCCCUACUCUCAACAUCCCUGAGUUGGAACCUAAAGUGUCCUACUGCUUCAGUGAAGGCUGCACUGUCCUGAACGGUCUGUCCCUGGCCGGGCUGGAGCGCUUCACCCAGGAGCAGGAGAGACUGGUGUGUACGCCCAGAGAGACCAGAGCGAGCAGGCGUCCCAGGAGCAGGAGCACAGAGGACCUCAGCGUCCGCCGGACCUCAGUGAAGCCCCGCGGAACAGACACUGCGGUGGCGGAUGUGGUGCUGAACAUCAUGUGUCUGCUGAUGGAGGACAACUGGAGCUGGCUGUGCACAGAGAACGUCCAGAAGGCCAUACGCCUGCUGUUCGGCACUUUCAUCGAGAGGUGGCUGGAUGUGGCCGUGGCGCGCCUAACCAGCGCCCCCUGCUGGGUGCUCUACCUACAGGUGCUGCAGGAGGCCGUGUGGCCUGGCGGCACGCUGCCGGCCCAGCCGCGGCCUGAGCGCAGCGCUUCCCAGAGGCUCCACACCAAACAGCAGUGUCUGGAAUGCCUCGUUCAGCUGCUCCCGGAGAUCAUCAGAGACAUGCUGGGAAACGAGAAGUACAGACUGAGCUUGGAGACCAUGCUGGAAUCUCUCCAGGACCAUCAGAUCAACAAACACUUGGUGUACUGUGUCUGUGACCUGUUGAUGGAGUUCCUGAUCCCCGAGUCCUCAGACGAGUCCUUCCGUCGGUCUCUCCUCAACAGCCUGUCCAACUACAGUGCGAGGGAGGCGCAUUCGUUGUAGGCACCAGGUGGCAGACCUCUGUCAUGGGUGGAGGUGGGCUGAGCCAGAUUGAAGCCAGACAGCUCAUUGGACCAAUCAGAACUGUCAGGAGACGGACCUCCAACCUCGGCUCUCUACAGCCUUUAUGCAAACAAUCAGUAACAAUGGAUGGCGUUGAUUGUGUUGAUUGUACACCAACGACGACGCCAGAGUGCUGACGGCAGACUGCGGGCGCGUUCCAAAACCAUUCCCUACAUCCGGUUGCUAGUUCCUGGUACCUCCAAGGAGACGAGUUGGAAGUAGCUAGUGGUCAAGCAGAAGGAAAAGGAUCAGUCUGGAGAUGAGACAGCUGCUUUAGAUUUAUUAAAGACUCAUCGACUGUCCUGGGCCAAUCACAACCUCCAGACUUGCUUUUCGGUGUAUGUCUAAUGACGGAGUUGUAAUACCGUAUUUACUUGAUGUGUAGAAUACUCUGAAAUAUACUCUGACCUAAGCUGCUUCGGCGGAGGCACCAAGCAGCUUCUCUACUGUGUUCUGGGAUAGAGGAUAAGAUCGGGCGAUUUGGGAACCGCGACUAUCGGAGGUCGCUCCCAGGAGAGCUAUGUUAGUUCUUUAACUCAUUAUUACUUAUCACCACUGGACUAUUGUUACAACAGAGCACUAUCACUGCUAUACAUUUCCUUUAUAUAUUCCCCUUGUGACUGGCUGUUGCUGUGGAAAAUAUAUGUUAUACAAAAAUUAUUAUAACUCAGGGAUAGAAGAAAGUUUAUUCUUUCAAGUUAUAGAAAAAGUGCAACUCUGCAUCUAUGUAUACCAGACCUCCUCCUCAGACUGUUUUGAGUACUCAGGAUAAGUGCCUGGAGGUGUUGUUUCCAACAGUUCAGCACUCAUAAAAAUAUGUUGUGGGUU